UCGCGAAGGCGGAGAAGGGGAGGGGAGAGGGUUGUGUCCCACAGGCCAGCCGAGAGCGCGUGGCAGGUUACAGCACAGUCACCUUCGACGGGACGCCCAGCUACGGCCACACGCCCUCGCACCACGCGGCGCAGUUCCCCAACCACUCCUUCAAGCACGAGGACCCCAUGGGCCAGCAGGGCUCCCUGGGUGAGCAGCAGUACUCCGUGCCGCCCCCCGUCUAUGGCUGCCACACCCCCACCGACAGCUGCACCGGCAGCCAAGCCCUGCUGCUGAGGACGCCCUACAGCAGUGACAAUUUAUACCAGAUGACCUCCCAGCUUGAAUGCAUGACCUGGAAUCAGAUGAACUUAGGAGCCACAUUAAAGGGAGUUGCUGCUGGGAGCUCCAGCUCAGUGAAAUGGACAGAAGGGCAGAGCAACCACGGCGCGGGGUAUGAGAGCGAUAACCACACCACGCCCAUUCUCUGUGGGGCCCAGUACAGGAUACACACCCACGGCGUCUUCCGGGGCAUUCAGGACGUGCGGCGUGUGCCUGGAGUAGCCCCGACUCUUGUCCGGUCUGCAUCUGAGACCAGUGAGAAACGCCCCUUCAUGUGUGCUUACCCGGGCUGCAAUAAGAGAUAUUUUAAGCUGUCUCACUUACAGAUGCACAGCCGGAAGCACACUGGUGAGAAACCAUACCAGUGUGACUUCAAGGACUGUGAGCGAAGGUUUUCUCGUUCAGACCAACUCAAAAGACACCAAAGGAGACACACAGGUGUGAAACCCUUCCAGUGUAAAACUUGUCAGCGGAAGUUCUCCCGCUCUGACCACCUGAAGACCCACACCAGGACUCAUACAGGUAAAACAAGUGAAAAGCCCUUCAGCUGCCGGUGGCCCAGUUGCCAGAAAAAGUUUGCACGGUCGGACGAGCUGGUCCGCCAUCACAACAUGCACCAGAGAAACAUGACCAAACUCCAGCUGGCACUCUGAGAGGUCCCACCCAGGGACGGCUCUGUGUCCCAGGCCGGACACAGCAUGGGGACUGCUUUCCAACCUGACUUUAAAAUCCCUCUGCACUCACCUCUCUACGAAGGGAGUGGCAGUUCAUCUUCAUGCAGCUUCCCAGACAAGAUGCGUGUACCACUGGAUCCUACCGGCUCUGCCCGGAGAAGGCAGCCUCUGCUCUGCCAACUUGUCGUGUACUCCCAAGGCCCUGGAGAAGCGGUGGACAGUGUCUGGUUCCUUAAAAGCCCGUCGCCGUUUGGUCUGGAUUUUCCAGUGUAAGAAGAGGCAUUGUUGAUAAUGUUCCCCCACCCUCUCCUUUUACGCUCAUUUUCACUGGGAAUGGAGUCAUUGUACCAUUUUCCAUCAUAGAAUAUUUAUAGGCCAGGGCAUGGGGAUGUGUCUGCUAAUGUAAACUUUGUCAUGGUUUCCAUUUACUAACAGCAACGGCAAGAAAUAAAUCAGAGAGCCAGGCCCUGGGGUGAGUCCCGUCUGGCAGUCCAGAGGCCAGGCAGGCUGGGCGCCACCAGGCAACUUUUAAAACUCGUGUGUUUCAAGCAGCUGGGCAAAGAAUCAGAACUAACCAGUACCUCUGCAGAGAAAUCUCAGAGAAUCUUACCAGUCGUUUAAUUCAAUGCUAAUAUUAGCACAAUGCUCUUAAGAAACUGUGCUUGAAGAUCUGA